CAAUAUUACGUUUUUUUUUUCUCGCUGACAAAGGCAAAUGAAGCCAUGUUUUUGCUUACAAACAAGUAACAUCUUAACGCCUCGAUCCGGAGCCGUGCGCCGGUGCGCUGUGGAGGAGAGGCCGCCCCGGACAAACCUUCGCUCGCUCGCUUGCGCUUUAUUAUUGAUCACAUCUGGACAUUUGUAACGGGAUAGAUGAUCGGUUUUCCCUCCCCAACAUUUACUCGGGAUAUCUUUUUUUAAGCAAACUACUUUGGCAGCGAGCUGCAACUCUCAAAACACAACAAGGACACCGCGCCAAAGCCCGACGGAAACAUUAUUAAUCCAGAAAAUGAGUUCCGGGGUGAGCUGGUGAACCAGCGGUGGACACGAGGCGAGAGGACCAGCAGCCGCUGUCAGGCCUCCCAGAGACUGCAGAGCCGUCGACCAAUCAUGAUGAGUGUGGAGGGUGAUGACAAGCGAACACGCACUCGGUCCAAAGGAAUCAGAGUUCCUAUUGAGCUCGUAGGACAAGAGCUGAGCUGCCCCACCCCUGGAUGCAAUGGCUCUGGCCAUAUCAGUGGGAGAUACUCACGACACAGAAGUGUUCUGGGUUGCCCAAUAGCAAGAAAGCGUCGUCUAGAGGAAGCCGAGCAGGAGCAAGAGCAGGAUACAGAGCGGCCUGCCUCCAAGAGGAAGGCCCACCCACUGAAACUGGCCCUGGACGAGGGCUUCAGUGCAGAAAGCGACGCCAGCAGUGAGGCUGAGGGCGAGGGAGACAAGGAUGAGGAGCGUGCAGGAGAGACCAGGGAGGUGGAGAAGGAGGAGAGGGAGGCAUCUGUAGAGGAGGAGAUGACAGAAGACCUGACGCAGGAUGGACAGAUGAAUGGACAGGAGGACGAUGCACAGCAGGAGGAAGAGGAGAGAGAAGAAGAAGAGACAUAUCAGAAGGAGGAGAACACGUUUGCAGCUGAUGAAGAAGAAGAGUGUGUGAUCAUUGAGCCUGAGCAAGAAGCAGCGCCACCUGCUGCCGAGUGCCAGUCUCCCUCUCAAAGCGCCGAAGAGGUGGCCAACUCGCUCCUCCAUCUUGGCCGAGUCUCCAACAACAAUGCUCCAACUGUGGCCACUCAGCAGCCUGUUGCUAUGGAGACUGAGGAGGUUGUCACCGUGGCAGCUGAACAGGGUGAAGAAGCAAAGGAUGAGCAGGAGGAGGACAAUGAGGGGGAAGAGGAAGAGGAGGAGGUUAUGCACAGAGUUCAAGUUCUGGAAGAGACGGCCGCUGUGCAGAAGGAAGGAGCUGAAGUAGAAGAAGAGGAGUUGGAGGAUGAGCAAGAAGAGUGCCCGGUCAGCAACCACGAGAGCCAGGAGAACCACCGUCAUGUGACCGAAGAUGUCCACCAGAAACAGAUCAAAGAUGUAGAGGAGGAGGAGGAGGAAGAGAUGGCAGCGCCAGCACAGCGGGUCACUCCAACAGAAGAAGAGGAUGAGGAGAAGGACGAGGAAGACCGCAGGGAGGUGAACCACAUCCUGCCCAUUUCUGAUGUGCCAACUGCCAUCCGCACCAUCACCAGCACCGCCGCAGCUCAGGGAACACACAUCGAAGCUCAAGACCACAGAGCCAGUCCUCAGGAGGACUACAAAUCACACAGGGGUAGUCCCCUCGGAAACUACAACACCAACAGAGCCAGUCCACUUGACAAAUAUGACUCUCAUAAACGUAGCCCACCUCAGAACUACAAGGCCAGUCCUCCUUUAAGUUACAGCUCCCACAGGGCCAGUCCACUUGAGGACUACUUUCCCAACAUUCGAGGUGAGAACUAUAAAAUCCACAAAGCCUCGUCCUCGGCCUCUCCCGACAUCAUCGAGGUGAGAUCGGAUAAGUCAGAGGAGAAAGACUUCGAUGACAUGGACGGGGAUGAUGAGCGCGACGAUGAAGACAGCCUGUCGCAGCGCUCCACGGUGACGGACGAGUCAGAGAUGUUCGACAUAACCCGAGGGAACCUUGGCCUGCUGGAGCAGGCCAUCGCCUUGAAGGCAGAGCAGGUGAAGCCGGCUGGGCCCAGAGAGCUGCUUUGUGCCCCAGAUAUCCACCACCAGCGAUACUUUACCAUGGAUGACAGGCCCAAGCACCUGGACAUCAUCCGCAAGAGCUACUUCAGCAAAGAGAGCAGUAGGCCAGAGAAGAGGGAGAUCAAGUGUCCCACCCCAGGUUGUGAUGGGACGGGUCACGUGACCGGUCUUUACCCCCACCACCGCAGCCUGUCAGGCUGUCCGCACAAGGACAGGAUCCCCCCGGAGAUUCUGGCCAUGCAUGAGAAUGUGCUGAAGUGUCCAACUCCUGGCUGCACUGGUCAGGGCCAUGUUAACAGCAACCGUAACACACACCGCAGUCUUUCUGGAUGCCCCAUUGCUGCUGCAGAGAAGCUGUCCAAGGGCCACGAUAAGCCACAUCUCUCUCAGCCAGGCAGCGAGCACCUCAAUGACAGAGUGCUGCGGCCUAUGUGCUUUGUGAAGCAGCUGGAGGUGCCCCAGUAUGGCAGCUACAGGCCCAACAUGGCACCCGCCACGCCUCGCGCCAACCUGGCCAAGGAGCUGGAGAAGUACUCCAAGGUGUCCUUCGAUUAUGCAAGCUUUGACGCUCAAGUGUUCGGGAAGCGCAUGCUUGCUCCAAAGAUGCCCACCAGCGAAACCUCACCCAAAGCCUUCAAAACUAAGCCCUCAUUCCCCAAGUCAUCAUCGCCCACCCUCAGUCUCCACGGUUACGGGAAGAGCUCCUCCUUGCCCUAUGACUACUCCCAUGAUGCAGAGGCCGCUCACAUGGCCGCCACUGCCAUCCUGAACCUGUCCACACGCUGCUGGGAGAAACCUGAAAACCUCAGCACCAAACUCCAAAACAAGGAAAUGGACAUCGAGGUGGACGAGAACGGCACCCUGGACCUGAGCAUGAAGAAGCCCAUCAAACACGAGGGCAGUCUGUCCGGCACCAGUCCCGGGGUUCGAUCCCCGGACCCUUCUUCCUCUUCUUCCUCGCUCCAUCACGGUGGAAGCAGCGGGAUGACAUCACCAAACCUUCACGCAUACAAGCAGGAGGAGUGGGAGGGACCUCUGGAUUACACCAAACCCAACCGCCAAAGGGAGGAGGAAAUGGACGAGAUGGAGCACACAGGCCAGUCGUUCGUCUCAUCCGACCCAGAGGACUGCGACAUGAUGCAGGACUGUCUGGAGGAGAGGAAGUACCCGGGAGAGGUUACAACCCCGAGCUUCAAGGUCAAGUUCCAGCCCAAGGAUAGCAAGAAAGAGCUGCUCUCGUGCCCUACACCUGGAUGUGAUGGCAGCGGUCACAUCACUGGAAACUAUGCGUCCCAUCGCAGUCUGUCUGGGUGUCCUCUCGCUGAUAAGAGCCUUCGGUCCCUCAUGGCGGCCCACACCCCUGAACUCAAAUGCCCCACACCAGGAUGUGACGGCUCAGGUCACAUCACAGGAAACUACGCCUCCCACAGAAGUCUCUCUGGGUGCCCGCGUGCCAAGAAAAGUGGAAUUAAAACUCCUACCAAGGACAACCAGGAGGACUCCGAGCUUUUAAAAUGCCCGGUGCCGGGCUGCGACAGCUUGGGUCACAUCAGUGGGAAGUACGCCACACACCGUAGUGCCUACGGGUGCCCGCUGGCGGCCCGCAGACAGAAGGAGGGUCUCCUUAAUGGCACACCAUUCAACUGGAAGGCCUUCAAGACAGAGGGGCCUACUUGUCCCACCCCAGGUUGUGACGGCUCCGGACACGCUAACGGAAGCUUCCUCACACACCGCAGCCUCUCAGGAUGCCCCAGAGCCUUGUAUGCCAAGAAGAAGGCCAAGUUCCCCACAGAGGACUACCUAAGCACCAAGUUCAGAGCCAGUGAUGUUUUAGACAACGAUGAGGACAUCAAGCAGCUCAACAAAGAGAUUAACGACCUCAAUGAAUCCAACAAUGAAAUGGAGGCUGACAUGGUCAACCUGCAGACUCAGAUCUCCUCCAUGGAGAAGAACCUGAAGAGUAUUGAGCACGAGAACAAGAUGAUCGAGGAGCAGAACGAGGCUCUGUUCAUGGAGCUGUCCGGUCUCAGCCGUGCCCUGAUCCGCAGCCUGGCCAAUAUACGCCUGCCACACAUGCAGGAGCCAAUCACCGAGCAGAACUUCGACAGCUACAUAAGCACCCUGACUGACAUGUACACCAACAAGGACUGCUUCCAGAGCCCUGAGAACAAGGCUCUGCUGGAGAGCAUCAACAAAGCUGUGAAGGGCAUCAAAGUCUGAGGCUCAACACAUAGACAACACACACACACACGGAGAGAAACCCAAACUGUCCUGAAGCGCAGGAGCGUGACGGAGGUGAAGAUGGAAGGGCGGUGAGAUGAAGGAGAGGUGUUGAAAUACUCUACAAUAUAUUGAAAUAUGAUUCAAAAACAAAAAGGGAAUUCAGGUUAUUUAAAUAAACGGCAACUUUAAAAAAAAAACUAAAAAAAAACUCAACCCAGGGAGCACUCUGUGAGAAGAAAAGUGACGCGGACCAAAAUCCACACCAUGCUGCUGCUGCUGGGAUCAGGAAGACAGAACAGAUCCUUCAGUCAGAAUGGAUGGAAGAGAAGAAUAAUGUUACUAGCAACUGUAUCUGGGGUUUUAAAAUUCUGUAUGUUUACCUGUUGUCUCUUUUGUGUCCUCGGCUGUUUUUGCAGAGGCUUUCACUGUUGCUCUGUCGAUCAGUUUUUUCCGCGCUCCACAUUGACUGAAAUGUGGAGGAGUGUAAACACGGGACUGAGGACACAGAUGAGUUGAGGACUCUCAGUGCUGUCCUGUAGCAUUAUACUGUGGCAAGCGUGUGUGUGUGUGUUCACCGGCUCCACACACACACACACACACAACACACACACACACAUACACCGGCAAUAUGAAGCAUGCACUAAGUUUGUGUUUGCUUUGUGGUAUUACUGCGGCAAAGAUGUCAACAGUGCAAUGUUGACUGAGUUUAGUGAGGGGAAAAAAUUCUUCAAGCAAGGUUAUGAGACAGAUCCAGGAACAGUGAAGGUUGUUUGUUUGUCAUGGGGUGGCUGACAUCAUGAUUUAAAAAGCAGCAGAUAAAUCCUUUUUUCCCCUUUUUAAAAAAAACAAACUGAAAUGAUGAUAGUGAUAGUGUGCACACAUUUCAAAUUCAGUUAGUCAUAUCAAUAGUAUUUAUCAACAUAGGAAUUGCACUUCAUUUCCAUGAAUAGUUUUGUGGUACAAUAAUUAUUGUUAUAUAUGAAUUAUUUAAACUUGUGAACUUUUAAAUUGUAACUUAUUGCCAUUUAUGUUAUUGAGGUUUAUUUAUUUGAAGCAAUCUAUUUAUUACCUUUGUU